AUAAUACUACUUGAGAUCAGAGGAUAACGAUGGCGGGUGUUUCAGACCCUCAGCCUGAUAAGAUCCUCAACGACCCACAAAAUGGGCCACUGACAUUUCUCUUUAGGAAGAAGUUGACAAGAAGUGACUUUAUAAGAGGGUUAGUCCUCACGGUAUAUUCGAACUACCACCUAAGAAAUCUUCCGAGGCCGCUGCUCGAUCUCAUUGCUGAGGAUGGACUGGCGGUCUGGUGUUACACACCAGCUAUACACCACGAUGGCAUCAUACUAAAAACCAAUCCAGAUAUGACCAAUUUCCGGUUCCAGAAAUCUGGUUGGGACCAAAUUGUUGUCGCAAAUCGAUUCCUCAUUGGACAAGAAAUCGAUUGCUGGUCUCUAUAUGAUGCAGAGGAUGGUCUGCAUGGCAAUUUGAGCUUUCUGAUCCAAUCGGUUGGCGACUAUGUGGUACCUCAUGAAGCUGCUUCAGGAGAAGAAACGGAAACAUCAAGUGGAAGUUAAAGAGGAUCAGGAUUCCGAACAUAGUUAGAAAAUAUUUGACGCUAAAUGAUAGAUUGCUAGUUUUCUUUCUGUUCUUUCAGUUUGUGGGUCUUGGCUUUAGAAGUUGAUGAUAAAUUAAGCGAUGAUUAUCUGAAGAAUAGGAUAACUGA